CUCCUGCCAAAAAGCCUGCCACUGCAUGACCUGUUUUGACACCCAAAAAAUCGUGUUUACGUUGCUUUUAUUGGUAAAAGACGACAAUACGAUAUGCGUAUCCAUUUAACAUACGAUAAUGGAGAAGUUCAUAACGUGGACGUGGAUGGCAGUAUGGAGUUGGAAAACCUUAUGGCAAUAGUAGAGGCCGAGAUGAACAUUCCCGCAGGGCAGCAAGUGCUGCUGCACAACGGCGUAGAGCUGACUGAGAAGAGCAAGUCAAUUACCGCGUCGGGUAUUCGUCCAGAUGAUAUUCUGCUUGUGCGGCGUAGAAGUCCGGCAGGGAGCAACAUAACGCGCACGCCGGAAAGUAUUGCAGAAACCGUGCGACAGCAGAUUUUGGCAGAUCCGUGGAUGCUGCAGCAACUCUCAAGUCAACAACCAGAACUGGCCAAUGCUGCCAUGAACGAUCCUGCAACUUUUCAGCGCAUGUAUCUGGAAUUAGAAUCACGGAGGAGAGAGCUUGAGGAAAGACAAAGACAGCAAAUGGCUGCCUUGGACAGUGCAGAUCCUUUUGAUAUUGACGCUCAGAGGCGCAUUGAGGAGGAAAUUCGGAAACAAAAUAUCGCACAGAAUCUGGAGAAUGCUAUGGAAUAUCAUCCUGAGUCGUUCGGCCGGGUGGUUAUGCUUUAUAUAGAUACCGAGGUGAACGGUCACAAAGUGAAAGCAUUUGUAGAUUCCGGCGCUCAGGCAACAAUCAUGAGCCCAGCGUUGGCGGAAGCCUGCAAUAUUAUGCAUCUCCUGGAUGAACGAUUUGCGGGAAUUGCCCAGGGAGUGGGUACAGCGAAAAUUUUGGGGAGGGUUCAUAGCGCCCAGAUGAAGAUAGGAAGCCAGUUUUUACCUUGCUCUUUCACGAUUAUGGAGGGCAAAGGAGUUGAUCUGCUCUUUGGAUUAGAUAUGCUGAAACGACAUCAGGCUAUUAUUGAUCUGGAGAAGAAUGUUUUACGAAUUCACGGUGAGGAAGUGCGCUUCCUGUCAGAGCACGAAUUGCCGGACAAGGCGCGGUGGGAGGCAACUGGAAGUGGAGAUGUACAGUCCCCAGUCGAAGGGGGCUCCGCAGCACAAGGCGCGGUUCACCCUCCGGGGGGCUUGCAUCCUCACAUUCCUCCAGCCGGCAUAGCUGCAUCUGUGCCAGGACCUGGAGCUGCACAGGCAGGACGUUUAGGUGCGCCGACAGGUGCUCCCACGUCCACAACGGCUGGUGCUGUUCCACGGCAUUCUGAGGAAAAGAUAAAAAUGCUCGAGGAUCUUGGGGUAUCCAGGGCGGAGGCCAUAGCGGCAUUGGAUGCAAGUGGCGGUAAUGCCGAUGCUGCAGCCAGUAUGCUGUUCCAGUAGCAAGCAGAUAGGUAGCCCAAAGCGUUGUAGUUGAGCAAGGUUCAAACAUUUGACUUGAUGUCGGUUGUGGGUCUGAAAGAGCCUAUAGAUAGAGGGCAAAAGGCAGUAAUGGUCAAAGAAAUGUUGCAUAAAACCGACCCUGAAUACAACAAUCUGCACCGAA